AUGCCCGCGCUCGUGAAAAUCCUCUUCAUGCAGGUGUCCCGGAGCGGUGCAGAGCUCUGCGCAUGCAUUCCAACUGCGUCUCUUCGGAGGCGUCUGCGCAGAGCCGGGUGCAUUUCCCCGCAAAACGUUGCCUCGCUCGUCCGGUCUCUUCCCCCUGUGUUCGUUCUGGUGAAUCCUCAACGCUCCGGAGGGAACCGACGCCUUCCCCCCGAGGAGCCCGAGAAGCCCGGAGGGCCCGAGGCCGGCGGAGGGCGGACCGUGCCCCCCACCCCGGAUGAGCCGGAGCGCGAGGCCGGCUUCGUCACCACCGCGCCCACCCUGAGGCUGCUCAACCACCACCCGCUGCUGGACGACCUGCUGCACGAGGACGCGCUGCGCCAGGUCCCCUUCCUGGCGGCCGGGCUGCUCGGGCUGGGGCCAGUCCGCCCGGGGGCCGACGUCGCCCUGGCCCCCGCCAACAGCCUGGCCGCCCCCGCAGGCCGCCCGGCCCCCUCCGAGGCCGCCGCCCCUCCCCUGAGGCCGGCCGGGCCGGGGGUCCCCGCCGCCCCGCUGACGACGGCCCGGGGGCACCCGGAGGCCUGGGGGGCGCCGGGGCAGCCGGGCCCCCAGACCACCCCCAGCCCCUGCCGCACGGAGCUGCCGGAAGCCCGCCCUGCAGGGGCUUUCCAGGAGGGCCCCCCCAGCGCGGGGCCGGCCACCGGCGUCGAGUCACUCGUGGACACCCCCACGGCGGAGCCCGAAGAGGCCUCGCCCGGCGCGACAGCCGGGGAGGAUGGGACGCCCUCACCUGCCGCCGACGUCGCCUCCACGGUCAGCGCCUUGCCGCCCGCAGGGUCCUGCAGCUGGAACCUCACGGGCCCCAAGGGGUCGCUGGCCUCCCCCGUGCCGUCCGGCAUCCCGUCCGAGCGGGGCGUCCUGGAGUGCGCCUACACCAUCUCCGUCUACCCCGGCUACGGCGUCGAGAUCCGGGUCCAGAACAUCAGCCUCGGCGAGGGCGAGACGGUGACCGUGGAGACGCUGGGGGGCGCGGAGCCCGUGGCGCUGGCCAACGAGUCCUUCCUGAUGCGUGGGCAGGUGAUCCGCGGCCCCACGAACCAGGUGGCGGUGCGCUUCCAGAGCCCCACACCCGCCACCCCGGGAAACUUCCAGUUCCUCUUCGAAGCCUACCUGCUGAGCUGCGCCUUCCCCGCCCGUCCAGCCUACGGAGACCUCUCAGUCACGAGCGUCCACCCCGGUGGCCGCGCCUGCUUCUCUUGUGCCGUCGGCUACCAGCUGGAGGGCCAGCACUGCCUCACGUGUCUGAAUGCCACGCAUCCGUUCUGGAGUGCCCCGGAGCCCACCUGCGUCGCGGCCUGCGGCGGGGUGCUGCGCAACGCCACCACCGGCCGCAUCGUCUCCCCGGGCUUCCCGGCCAACUACAGCAACAACCUCACCUGCCACUGGCUGCUGGAGGCGCCAGCCGGGCAGCGCCUGCACCUGCACUUCGAGAAGGUCUCGCUGGCUGAGGACGACGACAGGCUGAUCAUCCGCAACGGGGACAACAUCGAGGCCCCGCCGGGCUACGACUCCUACGAGGUCGAGUACCUGCCCAUCGAGGGGCUGCUCAGCACGGCCCGCGCCUUCUUCAUCGAGCUGACCACGGACAGCAGCGGGGUGGCCGCUGGCAUGGCUCUGCGCUACGAGGCCUUCGAACCCGGGCACUGCUAUGAGCCUUUCGUCAAGAACGGGAAUUUCACUGCCAGCGACGGGACGUACGCCGUGGGCACCACCGUGGAGUUCGCCUGCGAGGCCGGCUACACGCUGGAGCAGGGCUCGGUCGUCAUCGAGUGCGUCGACCCGGCCAGCCCCCAGUGGAACGAGACGGAGCCGGCCUGCCGAGCCGUCUGCAGCGGGGAGAUCACCGACGCCACGGGGGUGGUGCUGUCCCCCAACUGGCCGGAGCCCUACGGGAAGGGCCAGGACUGCAUCUGGGGGCUUCACGUGGAGGAGGACAAGCGCAUCAUGCUGGACAUCCGAGUGUUGCGCCUCGGCAAGGGGGACGUGUUGACCUUCUACGACGGCGACGACCUGACGGCCCGCGUCCUGGGCCAGUACUCGGGCCCCCACGCCCGCUUCCGGCUCUACACCUCCAUGGCCGACGUCACCGUCCAGUUCCAGUCGGACCCCGGCGGCAGCGGCACCGGCUACCAGAGCGGCUUCGUGGUGCACUUCGCCGAGGUGCCCCGCAACGACACGUGCCCGGAGCUGCCGGACAUCCCCAACGGCUGGAAGACCACGUCCCACCCGGAGCUGAUCCACGGCACCGUGGUGACGUACCACUGCUACCCGGGGUACGAGCUGCUGGGCACCGAGCUGCUGAUGUGCCACUGGGACCUGAUGUGGAGCGGGGACCUGCCCUCGUGCCAGCGAGUGACCACGUGCCAGGACCCCGGCGACGUGGAGCACAGCCGCCGCCUGGUCUCCGCCAACCGGUUCCCCGUCGGCGCCACGGUCCAGUUCGUCUGCGACAAGGGCUACGCCCUGGCCGGCAGCCGGGAGCUCGUCUGCCACGACCGGCAGGCCGGGGGCCCCAAGUGGAGCGACCGGCUGCCCAAAUGCACCCCCGAGGUGUACGAGCCCUGCCACAACCCCGGCAGCCCCGACCACGGCGCCCAGCGCCCCGAGAGCCGGCUCUACCAGGCGGGCGCCACCCUGCAGUUCUCCUGUGCGGCCGGCUAUGUGCUGCUGGGGGCCAGCACCCUGCGCUGCGUGCCCGGCCACCCCUCGCAGUGGAACGGCUCCCCCCCGCUCUGCAAGGCCGCCUCCCACGACGAGUUUUACACCAGUCGCAACCUGGACGCCGUGGCCAAAGCGGCCCCAGCCGGGGACCCGUUCCAAGGCAGCAACGUCGCCUUCGCCGUCUUCCUGCCCGUGGCGGCCGUGGGCCUCCUCCUGGGAGCCGUGUACCUCUACAUCUCCAGGCACCAAGGGAAGCCGUCUCUGCAGCUGCCCCUGUCCGGCUCGCACCCCUACGACCACAUCACGGUGGACUCCGCCUUUGACAACCCCACCUACGAGGCCGGAGAGACGUGGAAGUAUGAAGUGUCCAUCUAG